CUGCAGCAGAGCAGAAGGCCACAGAGCUGGGAGGAAGUAGAAGCAGAUCCUCAACCAUGAGUUCCAGCCUACCAGAGGUCUGCCCAUGCCAGGGCGCUCUAGGCCGCCCGGCCAUUCUGUACGCACUGCUCAGCCCCAGCGCCAGGGCCAGGCCCUCUGUGCCUUCUCCCCGCAGCCGCUGCCUAUGCAGGCAGCACCGGCCCGUCCGCCUGUGUGCCCCUCACCGCACCUGCCGGGAGGCCCUGGACGUUCUGGCCAAGACGGUGGCCUUCCUCAGGAACCUGCCAUCCUUCUGCCAACUGAUGCCCCAGGAUCAGCGGCGGCUGCUGCAAGGCGGCUGGGGCCCUCUCUUCCUGCUGGGGUUAGCCCAAGACACUGUGACCUUUGAGGUGGCUGAGGCCCCAGUGCCCAGCAUACUCAAGAAGAUCCUGCUGGAGGAGCCCAGUGGCAGCAGAGGCAGAGGCCUGCCUGACAGACCUCUGCCCUCACUGGCCGCCGUGCAGCGGCUCCAGUGCUGUCUGGAAUCCUUCUGGAAUCUGGAGUUGAGCCCCAAGGAAUAUGCCUACCUGAAAGGAACUGUUCUCUUCAACCCUGACGUGCCAGGCCUCCAUGCCUCUGCCCACAUUGGGUACCUACAGCAGGAGGCUCACUGGGCACUAUGUGACAUCCUGGAGCCCUGGUGCCCAGCAGGCCAAGCUCGUUUGGCCCGUGUCCUCCUCACUGCCUCCACCCUCAAGUCCAUUCCGACCAGCCUGCUUAGCGACCUCUUCUUUCUCCCUAUCAUCGGGGACGUCGACAUCGUGGGCCUUCUCGAAGACAUGCUUUUGCUGAGGUGACCUGCUCUGGUCAGGCCGAGAUCAGCUGGAGACGGCAGAGGCUGGCAGUGCUGAUGGAGCCUGGCUGCACCCAGAGAUGGCCCCAGGCUCCCAAAGGGGUGAGCCCAUACUGACAGCACCUGGUUCCCAGGAGCAGCCCCAGUUCAGCCACAGCUGUCCGACUUCCCUGGGCUGCUCCGGGUGCCUCAGCUGUCUGACAGGCCCUUGGUGGUCCCCAGAACAUUUGGGCCAAGACUGCUAUCCCCUCUUGGAACAGGGAUGGAACCUUGACUGGUCAUUGGGCCAGAAGUCCUACUGACCUUGUACAGAACUGAAAUAAGUUAUUGGUUUUUGUAAUAAAAGGUGUGACACUGUUGGAGCUGGA